CAAGAGUAUGGCUCAGAUUGUCCACCCCCUAAUCAAAGACGGGUUUACGUAUCCUACCUGGACAGUGUCCACUUCUUUCAGCCACACAGUCUGAGAACAAGUGUGUACCAUGAGAUUCUUAUAGGAUAUCUGGACUAUGUCAGAAAACAAGGGUUUACCACAGGACACAUCUGGGCCUGCCCUCCUAGUGAAGGAGAUGAUUACAUCUUCCACUGUCACCCUCCCGACCAGAAGAUACCCAAGCCGAAGCGGCUGCAGGAGUGGUAUAGGAAGAUGCUGGAUAAAGCUGUAGCAGAGCGCAUUGUCCAUGACUACAAGGACAUCUUCAAACAGGCAACAGAGGAUCGUCUCACCAGCGCCAAAGAACUGCCCUAUUUUGAGGGUGAUUUC